UUCCAUUACGCGGUUAACUCUCCCGGCGUUCAUAUACUGGCAGAGUUGGCUUAUAUCCCAUAUAACUUUUACUUCGCCUCCAGAGCCACUGUUUUAGUAGAUAAUUGUGUGAGAAAAGUGAGCGAUGGUUUCAUAAUACCGAGACAGACCAACCUGGUCAUUAUACCAGACACGCCCACCCAACCGAUUGCCAGAGUGUUGCCCGACCUUAUGUAUUCAACGUUGAAUCGCUGCAAUGUGACGAUCCCGAGAACGUACCUGGAUGCGAGAAAUAUUAUGGAGAUCUCGACUCUAAACAAGUGAAAAAAUUGCAACGCGAACCGCCUGCGUUGAUUAGUAGUUUAUUUAUUGAAUAUAUAAUU